UAUCUCAUGGUUGAGGAUGUGCAUGGGCAUGAGGGUGAUGUGGGAUCUGUCGGAAAGGUUGUGAUGCACCCUCUCACGCACUGGGUGAUUGAUUCGGGUUGCACCAGUCACAUGACCCCACGGGCAGAUUUGCUUGAUGAGGUAAAACCCCCUGGGAAGAUCAAGUAUGUGGCAGCAGCGUCAGGUGCUUUGCUCCCCGUUAUUGGUGUUGGGAAUGCCAAGGUUAAGGGAGCUAAUGGGGAGCUUGUGGGGCUUGGGAAUGUUCUGCUGGUUAAAGGCUUGUCUGCUAACCUUCUCUCUGUGCGGCGACUGCAGAAGA